ACGAGCACCUUAAAAGCCAAAAAACCCUAAUUGCAUUUUUCUUCUUCUCUUUCAAAGAUCAAUAGACGCCGCUCUUCGCUUCACACAGUUCCCAUCUUCUUCAACUUCAGAGGUGAAAAUGAGUCGUGGUAAUGCAGCAGCGACUAAGGGAAAGAAGAAGGGAGUUUCCUUCACUAUCGAUUGUUCGAAGCCUGUGGAUGAUAAGAUUAUGGAGAUUGCUUCUUUAGAGAAGUUUCUUCAGGAGAGGAUUAAGGUUGGUGGUAAAGCUGGUGCUCUUGGUGAUUCUGUUUCUAUCACUCGUGAGAAGAGCAAGAUUACUGUCACUUCUGAUGGUCAAUUCUCCAAGAGAUAUCUCAAGUACUUGACAAAGAAGUACUUGAAGAAGCAUAACGUGAGGGAUUGGCUCAGAGUGAUUGCGGCAAACAAGGACCGUAACCUCUAUGAGUUGAGGUACUUCAACAUUGCCGAGAACGAAGCAGAGGAAGAAGAUUAAAAAACGGUUUUGGGCUAGUGCUAUAUCCUCUGUUCCUCUCUUUCUGUUGGUUUGGUUUUGAUUCUUCAAUUAUCUUCUGUUUUGUGUUAGAUAUUAUUUAGUUUGAUUGAAGUAAUACUCGUUUCCUUUUGUUGUUGCGAAACUUGAGAUUUUCUAUGGAGUCUAUUUCUUCUAAA